AUGUUCAAACGCGCAGCAUUCAAGGAUGGUGAACGUGUCCCAAAACGCGUCCGGAUCGAUGACGGAAAUUGUCAGCCGUCGCCAUUGGCAGAUCCAGCCGCAUGGGAAAUUCUUGAGCAGUAUCUCACCACUGAUAUGACAUACCCUCAGAUGGAAGAGACGUUUUCUGCGUACCUUGGCAACCGAUACGUUGUGGACGACUGGAAGGAUGCCAGAGAUGCGUUAUUCUCUGGUGAUGAUGAUAACAGUAUCGCCUUGGCAAACCUCCGCGCCUUGAAAACUAGUCACAUACCCCUUCCCUUGUUUUCAUCAAGGACAGAUGGUUUAUUGUCAAGUGCUCCUGUUCAACAACUGCGUAGACGUCCCAAAUCGAGGAUGGUUGGUCACUUGUCAAACAUUCGUGUUCAACGAUCGGGUAGACGUCCAAAAUCGAAUCCGUACAUCAUCAGCGAAGCAGAUGAAGACGACGAGGAUGAGGACAAGGAGGAAGAAGGGGAGCGGGAUGACCUUUCUGUGCAGUUACCGAAGGUCGUACGUGAUUUUGGACCAUCAGCCAAGGAUCGGUUGGCUGCAAGAUUCGACACCAUUUUCGAUCGGGUUGAAGGAAUCGCGCCCAGUUCAUUAGAAUUGCGCCAAGCUCGCCAUUGCAUCACUAUCCCAUCCUCCCGUGUGAUCGAAGGCAGAAUGUACCUCCUUCAUGUUAACAGAAAUAGCAUAGAUUGCAUCGCUGAACACCUUCGUCACCAAGGAUUUCAUGUUACGGUGUCGAUUUGGGCAGCAGGGCAGCUUUAUGUUGUAGCAGAUAGUCCCAGAACUAUCGCAGCAUCACUUCCAACCUCACAUGCUUUCGCAGUCAAACAAUAUCUUCGAAUCUCAGAUGAAGAACGCGAAGCGGUUGAUGGUUCGUGCUCCAACCUCCCCAACCCAGCGUGGGUGAGAAUCAAAUAUGGCCAGUACAAAGGCGACAUAGGUUACGUCUUCGAUUCGGAUCAAUCGAAUGGUCUCAUCGCCAUUCUAAUUCCUCCCCGGUGCUUCCCCUAUCCCAUGCCUGGCGGAUCUGUAGCUCUAUUCGACCAAUUUCGCCUUCCGGAUAAUCAGACAGUUAGCGACCUGAUCCGUGAUGGAAAAGUUGUAGGAUGCUCUUACAAAGGAGAGCACUAUUAUAUGGGACUUUUACUGAAACAUUUUCAUUGCGAUCGCCUCGAACUUGUCGCCUCUCCUCAUGCCGAUGACAUUCGACUGCAUAUGCAGUCCGGGUUUGACACACCCUUCGUUAAGAAAACGCUAGUUGCCUUUUCAAUGCAGUUCUUACGUUUAGGGGAUUCGGCUAGGGUCAUCGCAGGGGAACUUUGUUCAAAGGUCGGUACAGUCGUCUUGACAGAUCACACUUCAGGUUCCGUGCGCUUGGAGAUGAUCUUCGAUGGACACCGAAACGAAAUCGAUGUUCGACUCGAGGAUAUAGAACAUAUCUUUUGUGUCGGCGAUCAAGUUCGAGUGGUUGCAGGACCAUACCUGGGGUUGGAGGGACAUGUUAUUCAAAUCAGUGACGACAUGUUUCACAUUUGCCAGGAUGUUUCCAAAGAAGAGGUACUCGUUUCGAGGUACUACUUGGACCGUCGCCCCUUGCAUUACACGCUUCAACCACGGCUACCCUCGCUGCAACACUUUGAGCCUCCCCCUGAGCCCGAAUCUCUACAAGUUGGAGACUACAUUGAAGUGCUUGCCGGCGAGCACUUGAAGAAAUGCGGCAUCGUGGAGUGGAUUCCAGUGGGGGGAACCAUGUUGUGGUUCCGGGAUGCGAAUGUUAUCUUGGCCGGGGAUGACGUCGAGUCUAGUGUUGUACCAUCAAGAAUUUAUGUUCCCAUGACAAUCGUUCAGCGAACCAAACUCUCAAAUACGAUAAAAUUUACCAAGGAAAGGGGGUAUGAUAUAAGGCCUGGAGACGUGGUGAGUGUUGCCCGCGGGCCAGAGUAUCAGAGGAAAGGGGUUGUACAAAGCGUCAACUUUCCAAACGCGCGCUUGACCCUUCUAUCUGACAGUGAUCACUCCCUCAUAAGUCUCAAUUACCUGGACUCGAGCAUGGCUGACCUAUCACAGGUUCAAGUCCCAAUCACAUUUGUAACAAAAAACCGCAAUGUGGACUUAGAUUCACUUAAUAAGGUUAUUCGUCAAGAAGUGUUCAUUGUUGGGGGCGACCAGAAAGGUUACCGAGCGACACUGUACAAUAUCGCUGUAGGGAUUCAUUUCUGGCUGGGCUUGUAGAGACUGUUUUUACCUUACCUUAUGUUGGCACUUUUGUAGCUUACAUAAGCAAGUUAUCUUUUCACCAGUUACCAGUAGGAGUCAGAGUACUCAGCAAGUUUUCAUGAUAAUUCCUCUCCUCUGAGCCUUGAGCCUGGUCCAGAAACCCUUUAGGGUCGAAUAGCAGCUAGGUUCUGCAAGACCCAACAUUGUUCAGACUCACUCUCUGAAUUGUUGUACCUUCA